AUGACAAUGGGGACUGAUUAUAACGAUGACAAUGUGGACAAAGUCUGUUACGAUGACAAUGGGGACAAUGAUGAUAACGAUGACAAUGGUGAUAACAGUGACAAUGAUCACAAUGGUUAUAACGAAUGCAAUGGGGACAAUGAUGAUAAGAUCGGUGACAAUGGUGAUAAGGAAGACAAUGGGGACAAUGAUAAGAAUGGCAAUGAUGAUAAGGUCGACAAUGCUUACUACGAUGACAACUGUGAUAACAGUGACAAUGAAUAUAUCGGUUACAAUGAUGAUAAGGAUGACAAUGAUGAUAAGGAUGGCAAUAGUGAUAAGGUCGACAAUGCUUAUAACGACGACAAUGGUGACAAUGAUGAUAACGCUGACAAAGAUAAUAACGUUGACAAUGGUGACAGUGAUGACAAGGAUGAUGACUGA